CUGGCCAUUGGUUCAUCGAUUUUUGCACGGGUUCCCUGGUUGAUGGUUUCAGAUGUUUGAAAGAUCUCCAAAGACAGCGUUUUAAUCCUUUUGAAAGUGGUCGUACACUGGAGAAGAUCGAAAGAUUUUGGUAACGAUAUUACCGUGCACUGUUCCAUAAGAAAACGUGAAGCACUCAAAGAAGCUGAUGAAUGUGCGUGUUGAUAUGUGAACGUUAUGCAUUCGGAUAUCCGUCUGUGUAGUACAGAAGUAACGUGACACGAUGGAAAUGGAUCGACCAACGGUGGAGAACUGGCUCAGAACGCUCUUUCUGGGCCAGUACUCGGAAUCAUUUCUGGACAAUGGAUACGACGAACUGGAAAUAUGCAAACAAAUCGGGGAACAAGACCUUGAUGCAGUUGGUGUGUUCAAUCCGACACAUAGGUUCAAAAUCCUUGAAGCCGUCAGAAAGUUACGCGAAGAAGGGGCAACUGCAGUUUAUUUUACCGUGGAAGAAGUCUUGAAGUCUGGUGAAUGCAAAUGUGUCGUCGAGAAAAACAGGAGAAUGCCCACAUACCAUGCAUCAAAGUACAUCCCUCAGAAGAUAUGUCACUCCUGCGCUACAAAUUCCGAGAGCAUCAGUACGUGUGGCAGCCCGCCAGAACCAAAGGCGCCUCUGCCCGAACUGAAGAGACUGCCAUCUCAGAAACUGAGACAAAUGCUUCAAAACAAGCUGGUGAUUGACGGCAUAAAGCUGUACAACUCGCCGUACUCGACAAAGGACGGCCAGACCGGCUAUCUGAACGGGCUGGCGUCGCGCUACGCCGACGACGUGCAGACGCACUACCAGGACGUGCUGCAGCAGCUGGACGUGCUGCGCCAGCAGGCGUGGCAGCAGGUGUUGGACGGCGAGGUGCGCGGCGGCGCGGGCGCGCCCCCGCUGAUGGCGCCUCCGCCGCCGCCGCCGCCGCCCCAGCAGCAGCAGCAGCCCGACCUGACGCAGUCGGCGCAGCCCAUCUACCAGCCGGGCCAGUACCUGCCGUCCAGCUGUCUGAGCGACAACGACGAAGACGAAAUAUACGGCUUCGGCUACGGCGUGUACGACAGCCGGGUGCUGAGCCAGCAGCACGCGCGCCGACAGGGGCUGCGCUCCGGCUCUCCCUCCUACGCCGUGCCCCAGGACUGCGCUGCAGACUGCGCGCCGCUGGCGCCCAUCAGCACGUGGGGCGGCACGCUGACGUGGGACUACAAUGGCACGAACACGCUCGACACGGUGGUCACGCUGACCUGUAACGCGGGCAUGGCCACGCCGGACACGCUGCGGACUGAGCAGACCACCGUGUGCGGCGUGGGCGGUUGGAACGUGACGGAUCUGCGGGCCUGCUCUGUGUGCACAGAGGAGCCUCCGGCGCCGGCCGCUUCCAUGAAGAACAUCUCCUGGACGCAGGGCGUGGACGAGGUCACGUACGAGUGUCUGGACGCGUUCCAGCUGCCAUGGAACUUGACUUCGUACGUUCUGCCCUGCUCCGUCAUCGGGUGGGACACGUGCGUUCCCGAGUGCAGUGCCUGUCGCGACCCCGACAUCUCUGUAGACGGCGUGGUGACCGUGGCGAUGGACGUCCAGCGGGGUGGCAAGGCCGUCUUCAACUGCAGCAGCGACGCGCUGACGACCGCCACGGAGCUGAGCUCGCAGGAGCUCACCUGCACCGAGACCGGCUGGGCCGGCGGACCCGUCCUCGCCUGCGACACGUGCUCUGGCGACCCACCGGAGCCGGGCACCGGCCAGAACCGCACCUGGAGUGAGAACGGCACGCUGGGCGAGGCGGCCGUGUACCAGUGCGCCGAGGGACUGGUGACCUCGGAUGGCUCCGCGGCCCAGACCGUCACCUGCACGGAGGACGGCUGGUUUGGCGCGACGUUACCGUGCGACCACUGUCUGGCGCCGCCCGACCCGCUGCACAGCACCCAGCGGAGCGACUGGAACGCCAGUCUGACUGUGGCGCCGAUCGGCAGCGUUGUGACGUACAGCUGCGGCGACGGCACGGUCGUGCCCGCCACCAACAGCAGCAAUCAGACACUGGCCUGCCGUGCCGACGGCUGGGACGGCGCCAUCCAGCACUGCGCCGCCUGCCUGGGCGACAUUCCGCGGCCGCCCAACGACACGGAGGCGCGCAACAUCAGCUGGGGCGGCGGCCGGUUCCCGGGCGCGCGUGUCAACUACACCUGCGUGGAGAGCGGGCGGCAGCAGACGGUGGAGUGCGUGGACUUCCGAUGGGCGCCCGAAGAGCUGGACCCCUGCGGUGAGCUCAUCGCCAUCAUAGGCUGGGGUGGAACGAGCUAG